AUGUUUCACGUGUUUAUUCUGUUCUGUUUGUGCGGGUGGCGUCUGAUUGGUGUGUUUGGUGAUUCAGUGUCAGUGACGGAGGGAGAUUCUGUUACUUUACACACUGAUCUUACUGAAAUACAUGAAUACGACAACAUACUGUGGAGAUUUGGAGCUGAUAAGGUUCAAAUAUCUAAAAUGAAGAAAAAGAAGCAAAUCUUCUUCACAUAUAAUGAGACUGAUGAGAGAUUCAGAGACAGACUGAAGCUGGACGAUCAAACUGGAUCUCUGACCAUCACAAACACCACAACUGAACACACUGGAGAUUAUAAACUAGAGAUAAGUGGAGCGAAAAAAACAUCAAAAACAUUCAGUGUUUCUGUUUAUGCUCAUUUGUCUGUUCCUGUCAUCCGCAGUAACUCUUCACAAUGUUCUUCAUCAUCCUCAUCCUCAGAGCAGAAUUGUUCAUUGGUGUGUUCAGUGGUGAAUGUGGGUCAUGUGACUCUCUCCUGGUACAAAGGAAACAGUUUAUUGUCCAGCAUCAGUGUGUCUGAUCUCAGCAUCAGUCUCUCUCUACCUCUGGAGGUGGAAUAUCAGGAUAAAAACAGCUACAGCUGUGUGCUCAACAAUCCCAUCAGCAACCAGACUCAACAUCUGGACAUCACUCAGCUCUGUCACACAUGUUCAGGUUCUUCCACAAGUUAUUCAUUGAGCUGA